CUACACACGUCUUCAACACACUUCUUGGUGUCUAACACCAAGAAGAAGCUUGAGGCUGAUCUGCUCCAGGUUCAAGGUGAGGUGGGUGAUGCAGUCCAGGAGGCCAGAAAUGCAGAGGAGAAGGCCAAGAAGUCCAUCACUGAUGCUGCCAUGAUGGCUGAGGAGCUGAAGAAGGAGCAGGACACCAGUGCUCACCUGAAGAGGAUGAAGAAAAACAUGGAGGUGACUGUCAAAGACCUGCAGCACCGUCUGGAUGAGGCUAAGAGUCUGGCCAUGAAGGGUGGAAAGAAACAGCUCCAGAAACUGGAGUCCAGGGUAAAUUACAGGCUAAAUACAGUCUUAGAUGAACUAACCAUGGCAAAGAUAUGACAGGUGUCAAUA